AUGGACAAAGGACUGUUACAGGGAAGGAUGUGUGCAGAGACAAAGACUGAGCAGAGGGGGCAAGCUGCUCCUGCCAACCAGUGGGAAUCUGGGGAGUCCAACACAGAGCGCCUGGCCCAGGAGAGAGCCUACCAACAGCAGCUACAAAUGCACAUUGGCCACCAUGAUCAAAACAAGUACGCUCUGCCUGAAAAGGAGAAUGCUGAGAGCUUACUGCAUGGAGAGGAGGAGGAUGAGGAUGACACUGAAGAUCCUCAUGUUUAUGAUAGCCUAGACGUAGCAUCCAACCUCCAUACCAAGAGGAGCCCAGCUCUCCAACAGACUGAAUAUUUGGAUACCCAGAUGGAUGAAAAAGGAGGAAGUCGGCUGCUGCCUGAUGACACCUAUUCUGACCUGCGAUAUGACCCCAGCUGGAGGACCAACUUGAAGGGAAAUGGGCUAUUCAUUGAGAGUCCACAGAAUUCUGUUGAGGGAUACCCCCAAGUCCCUGAAGAGAAACCUGCUAAUUCAUACGAUGACGCACAAGCACUGGGGAAAAAAGGAGGAUACAGAUGCAUUGUUGACACAAGUCCACCUGUUGUGACUCCACAUAAAGCUGGCAAUAAGUCAGACCAGCCGUAUCGCCUACACCCAGAAGAUGGUUUUACAAGCACUGCAGCAUCUCACCAAGGUCAUCAGCACGCUUGUCAGAGUAGGUCACCAGAAGCUCACCUUUCCGAAGCUUCCACUAAAAAGGAAAAUGUCAGCAGUUUGCAGAGAGGAAUCAGAGAGAACUAUGAGAGAAGCUUUGACAGUGAACAUUUUAUUGGGUCUCCUAAUAUGAGCGAGGACCUACAUGGAACAGAAUUUAGGAUGCAUUACCAACAAUCGAGAUUUACACAAGAAGGACCCAUCCAGAAAAUGAGCACCUCUGCAUUGCCAAACCCAAAUGUUUCAUCAAACAACAAGCUACAAAGCCUGGUGGAGGACAAAGUGAAACUUAACAAAAUAACCCUUGGGUGCAGCAGAUAUAAAAAUGGCUCUUAUGUGAGGGUGCAUGCACGCAAACAGAUGCCCAAUGUGAAUGAUGUGCAGGAAACUCUUAAGAAGCUAGCUCCAGCAGAGAAUCAGCAGGACAGCUCGGACCCUGAGUUGAGGUUGCUCCAAAAAACACAACAGUUGCGGGUCACCCAGAUCAGCAAGGGGAAGAAAGGCCAGUGUAAAGAGUACCCCAACCCCUCUCGACGGCAGCCCCCAGCUGUGGCGGUCAAAGCUGAGCCGGGAGAUUGUUUGAGUGUCCCAUUAGCUCAAGCAGCUGCUGUAACUCAGCCUGAACCUCAGAAGACGACUUCCUCACAGCCUUUGCCCCAGACCAUCCACCUCAACAUCAAGCUCAACACGUCAUCCCAUCUUCUUUCAUUACUUCAGCAGAGGGAUGGCCAGGAUGAUAUCAUCAACCUAGCUUCUCUGCAUGGUCAUCCUCACUGGAGCUCCAAGUCUGAACUUCAACUUGCCUUGUCCACAGGAUACCAACAAAAAAACUUCUAUUCUAGAAAGUCCUUUUUGUCUCGGGAAGUGCUGAAUACACAACUUCUCCACCGUAACCUGGAGAGUAGUCCUGAACAAUGGCAAAGGACAAGGGCAUCACAGUUGCCGUUAUCCUGUGAAAAAGAGGAGCAGACUCGAAGCCCCCUCAGGACUCCUACUACUGCCUCGUCACAGGGCACUGGCUCUUACACAGUUCUUCCAGCUAUAGGAAAGCCCCUGACAGCAGAAGAGCUGAGCCCUUGUCAGAGUGAGAACACAGCCUUCCACAUCCAUAGCAGUAACUCUGACAGCUACCUGGUUCAGAUGGAGAAACAGAAGCAGCUGAGAGCGAGAGUUAAUUGCAAGGCAUACAAGCAGAUGAGGACAGACAUAAAUCAUCGAGGCCUGUGUCCUGAUUACGCUGCCAUUGAAAAGACAAAAAUGAAACGGCAGAAGCUGUAUUCAAAUGUGAUCCGCGAACAGAACAAAAAAAUUAGCAGGAUUCCCUUUCUACCAGCCAAGGACCCGGAAGGCAGCGACAACAAAGUUCCCAGGAUAAAGGCCUUAGAAUAUGCCAAGACAAUAGCCAAACCCCCUGUAAAGUCUCAACCAAAACAGAGACAGAAGUUCAAGACUGAAGACUUCACAGAGCUCGCUCCUCAAUGGCAAGGCUCAGAUGUAUCCCUGCUGACCAAACUGGACCUCCUAAGAAAACGGCAUGAGGAAGAAAAGCUGGCUGUGGCACCCUUCAGAAAAGGGCAUGCUGUCUGA